GCUUAGACUUAAUGUCAAUGGGUGUUAUUAAAAUUUGACAAGUUACACGUAAACUUCAGAGAAAAAACAGAAUGAAACCCAAAAUUAAAAUUACUCAAAAUGUAGUCGAGCGAUUGAUGCAGCAAACUGAGCAGUGCAGUGGUAGAUUGUAUGGAACACUGUAUAAAGAUGCCCAAAUAAUAAUUGGGCUGUACAAGAGGGAUAAAAAUGAUGCAGGAGAUCUAUUUUUCCCAGCAGAUGUUGAUAUGUGUGGUGCCUUUCAAAUUGGGCCUCUGGCACAACAUGAAGUAACAGACCUCCUAGCUGAUAUUGAUGUAACUGACAACCCAAUUUUCAUCUCAUUACCAGAAAAAAUAUUGAAACCGUAUUAUGUUAUCAAUGAUCAGCUGGAAGCUGCAGAUAUAGAAAUACUGAAUGAGACUGCACUAUACUCAGAUUACUUGCAUCUAAGAAUCAAAGCUCAAUUACCAAUUGUUAUGGAGAUGGAAACCAAUUCGAUUAAGCAAGAGCUUUUAGCUAUUAGAAAACAGUUUUCAAGUGGGAAGAUAGGAUUUCAUUUGCAGAAAGAAGAUGCUUUUAUAUUGGGUUCAAAUGAAAAUUCUGUAACAGGCAGCAAUAUCGGAGUUAAUGAGGAGAUGACUCUUGGAAAGUUAGUUGAACAAAAUAAGGAAAUGGGUGAAGAAAAAUACAGCAGACACAAUGCAUUAGAUCUGGAAGUUUUGUCUGUUGUUAUGUACAAAAAGUCCACUUUUGAUAGAAAUGAGUUGGAAUCUAUUCAUGCACCAAUAAUUCAAGUGGAAAAAAAUGAAACUAAAAUGCUACAAAUACUGCUAAAUGUAGACUCACUCUCUUUAGUGCAUAAGCAAACAACAUUGGGCAACCUUUAUACUAUUUUGGUGGAAAGUGCCUGCAGGAAUGUCAGACACAUUGGCAAUUUUAUAAUUAAUUAUAUAGAAACAGCGUCUGAUUUAACGAAGCCUUUCGAGCCAGAAGUGAUUCAUUACUAUCCUAUUUGUUGUGGACAUUUUGUUACUAGAAUAUUGAACAAAUUCGAUGCAGAAGAUGCAUCAAGAGGCAAAUUGCAUAUGAACUUUAUGAUUCCAAUGAAUAGGCCUUAUUUCAGAAGGUCUAAUAGGUUUAUUUUCAAAGGGGAUUCUUAUGGUCAAGCAGGCGGUGUUCAAUUAAAGAACGUGCAUAAAGAUGCUAAACCCUCAAACAAUGGUGGAGAACAGGCACUAGUGAAAGGAGAUUAUGAGUAUUACCAUUACCUUCAAGAUGGUAUGGAUGAUGAUGGCUGGGGCUGCGCUUACAGAUCAUUGCAAACUUUAGCAUCUUGGUUCAAGCUACAAGGAUAUGCUAACAAAGUUCCCACCUUCAAAGAAAUACAGAAGUGUCUCUUUGAUAUAGGUGAUAAACCAUCUAGUUUUGUAGGUUCAAGACAGUGGAUUGGGUCGACUGAAGUCAACUUCGUAUUAGACUCGUUGCUGGGUAUUACAAGUAAAAUUCUUUACUGCAGCUCGGGUGAAGAUUUGGCAUAUAAAGGCCCAGAAUUGGUUUAUCACUUCAAUACACAAGGAACACCAAUUAUGAUUGGUGGAGGCGUUUUGGCACAUACUAUCAUAGGCGUUGACUAUAAUAGAGACACUGCUGAUAUAAAGUUUCUAAUACUCGAUCCUCAUUACACAGGAGGUGAAGAUAUCAAAACAAUUGUUAAUAAGGGUUGGUGCGGCUGGAAGGGGAUGAAUUUUUGGGAUAAAAAAUCGUACUACAAUAUGUGCAUGCCGCAGGUACCAAAUGGCAUUUAAUUUUUAACACGUUGCAAUCUGUUUUUAAUUGUAAGUAAAAAA